AUGGAGUCUGUUCACUUCAAUCUAGCUACUCAUCCGGUGAAAGAUACCAUCAAAUUACUGACAACAUUGCUGGAGAAGAUUACCCACAACAAUGAUCGACUGCAUCCUGACACGAACAGCGAUGCUCAGCAGCCGCAAAAGUCUCGCUCGUAUACCUGCUUCCACGCUCGCUCUAUACCCAGCAUCACCAUCCAUGCCUAUUUCACUCGUAUCCUCAAGUAUUGUCCCUGCGCCAAUGAAUGCCUGAUAGCCAUCCUUGUCUAUUUCGACCGUAUGACACAGCCUGACCCUAAAUUGGGCCUCAAACCACUCCAUAUCGAUUCGUACAAUAUCCACAGACUGAUCAUUACAGGUUUAAUGAUAUCAAGCAAACUGUAUUCUGAUGUGUUCUUCACAAACACAAGGUAUGCCAAGGUGGGUGGAUUGCCUGUUACUGAAUUGAAUGCCUUGGAAUUAGAGUUUCUACGCUUGAACAAUUACAGCCUGUUUGUGGAUAUUGAUAUGCUGCAGUCAUAUGGAGAUAAUUUGCUGGAGCUGUGGCAUCAGACGCAGGAUUUGGAGUCGCUGCUAGUAAGAGAAGUGGUGCACAAAGAACAAGAUCAUCACCAUGGCAGUAGCAUGGAUAGGCCAUUCAGUCGACUGACGAUCAAGGACUCCAAAUCGAAUGAUAGUAGCACACCCACUACGCCCACGACGCCAGCUGCCGUAACUGAUGAUGACAUGGAUAAACAAUGGCUGUAUAGCAGGCAGAAUUAUGGUUUGAAUCAUCAUGCUGGAAAUGGAUAA